AUGUCUGAACUGUGCUUAUCAAACACUUGUAUUAAAUUUUUUGGUCUCCUCAUCUCCGACUUAACUCUCUUCUGUUACUUCAUUCUCUCUCACCCUCUUUACUUCUCUUACUUCAUUUUCUUCUCUCCUUACCUCCUUAAACUCCUCUCUUUCCUCUCCCCUCUCUUCAUCACCACUUCCCUUUUGCUCCUCGCCCUUCUCACCACCUUCUCCCCAACUAAUUUCAUCACCCAUGAAAAGUUCAAAUCUUGUACAGAAAAUUCUGAGUCAGAAAAGGUAAGUAUUCUGCUCUCUGUUUAUCAUGCUGUAGUGGAAGUGUUAAAGUCACAGGGCGAUGCGAAAAACGACGAGUUCUCUCGUUUCGAGGAUUUUGAAGUUUACAAGAUCGUGUUUCAAGAAAACCCAAUUGAAUUCUUGGACUAUAUAUCAGCUGAAGUUGGUGAAAAAUCAGUUCUUGAUUCUUCAGUUCAAGAAAAAGAUUCUGCCACUGCCACAGAAAAUUCAGGUGAAAUGGAGGAGAAGACAUUGGAAGAUUUCUUCAAAGAAAUAGAUGAGUUCGAAAGCAAGACUUGGAAUAGUGAUAAUGUGGAAAGGAAGAAAAUUGAGGCAUUGGGCACAAAGGCCGAUAAAGUUGUUGAAAAACUAAAGGAAGAAAUGAUAGUAAUAGGAAAUGGAUCCAAGGAGGCUGCUGCUGUUGCAGUUGAUAAAGUGAAAAAGUCACAUUCUUGGAGACUUGGAGAAAAUCUUGAUUACAACAAGUCUAAAAUAAUGGAGCAGAAAUUGGGGACUUAUGGAUCUAUGAGGAAAGAAAAAGAGUGGACAAGGACAUUGGCAUGCAAACUUUAUGAGGAAAGACACAAUGCUAAUGAUAGUAGUAGUGGUGAAGGGAUGGAUUUGUUGUGGGAAACUUAUGAAUUAGACUCAGCAAAGAGCAAGGUCAAAAGGGAUAAUAAUAACAAGAAGAAGAUGAAGAAGAAAUCAGGAGAAUUGAAGAGCUACAAAAAUGAUGAAGAAGAGGAAGAAGAGAUGAACGGACAGUUGUGUUGCUUACAGGCUCUCAAGUUCUCAGCUGGAAAGAUGAAUUUAGGUAUGGGAAGGCCUAAUCUUGUUAAGAUUUCUAAAGCAAUUAAAGGGUUUGGAUGGCUACAUCAUGUCAGCAAGAAAAACAAGGUCCAUUGUGGAGAAUGA